CCAUGUGAUGAAAUUGAGAUUUCCCCCAAAUUUCCUUUACAAAACAAACAAAUCAAUAAGGACAAUCCCUCUUCUUUCUCUCUCGCUCACUCUCAGAUAGAUCCUUCGAUCAAUCUUCCGCUAGCGCUCCAGAUUCUCCACUCCGUUCUCCCCCAUUAACGAUCGGCGAAAAAGCUUCCGAAAAAUGAGCUCCCUCUGCACGGCGAGCUACUGCAUCAGCGACGCCGGCCGUCCGCCGCGGGGCGCGUACAUCAACCUCCACAGUUGGACGGAUUCGGACGCGGAGAUCGCCAAAUCGGCGAGUUCGCGAGCGAGGCGGCGAGUUCUGGUGGCCGAUGGAGUGUCGUGCAGGCAAAUGUACUUGCGGAGCUACAAAUUCUCGAGGAAGGAAUCGGUGCCGGAGAAAACGAGGCGGUGUUUGGGGAGAGUGAAGGAGAAGAUAGGCGAGAGAAAGAGGAGAAGAGGCGUUAAGAGUAGGAAUCGGAAGAGGAAGUGUUUGAUCUGGAAUUGGAGGAAGAUGAAGGAAUUUUCGUGCAGUUGUAUUCUGUUUGGGAUUUUUCGGAGGAUUUUGUCGUGUGCUGCGAGUGUAGAUGUUGUGGAGCACAGCACUGGAAGAAAUUAAAUGGUAAUCGCUUCUGAGUUUCGAAUUUGCUCUGUUCUUGUUCUUCAUCUUUCUUCUUCUUCUUCUGAUUUUGAUCUGAAUUUCGCUUGCUCUCUCUCUCUACAAUGAACUUAAUUCCAUUACUUGUCUCUCUCUAAGAAUUGUAUUUAUUUCAUCUCUCAACUUAUAACAAAGUUUCAA